AUGCCUAAACUUACUCGUCGCUUAACGAAUGUUGUUAUUCACGUCGAUAAAGAUGACAAUGUUGAGCCUGUUACCCCCACAAGUGUCCCUUCUCGUGCCUCUAACCGUCAAGAACUGGAUGAACAUGCCAAAGCCGUAUGGAACAAACACAUUCAUCCUGAAAAGAAUGAUGCCGAAUCUAUUGCAAGUGACAUUGUGCACCAUACAAUUACUACCCUUUGUCGUGGUGUCUAUAACGUCGACAAAUCGGCCAUGUAUCAAGCAACUGCACACUCUGUUCGCGACCGUCUCUUAGAAGAUUGGAAUGUUACACAGGAAGCUCUUCACAAAGAGAACCCUAAGCGCUGUUACUAUUUGUCCAUGGAGUUUUUGAUUGGUCGUGCUCUUGAUAAUGCAUUGCAUUGCUUAAAAGUCAAAGACGCUUAUAAAGAUAGUAUCAAAGAUUUGGGAUUCUCACUUGAAGAUCUAUUGGAACAAGAAAGAGAUGCUGCUUUAGGCAAUGGAGGCCUAGGACGUCUUGCUGCUUGUUAUAUGGAUAGUGCAGCUACUCAAGAAAUCCCUACUUGGGGAUACGGUCUUCGCUAUCAAUAUGGUAUCUUCAAGCAAAUCAUUAAAGAUGGGCAUCAAACAGAAAUGCCUGAUUACUGGUUGAACUUUGACAAUCCUUGGGAGUUUCCUCGUACUGAUAUCCGUUAUGAAGUUCGCUUUUAUGGCUAUGUUGCUACCAAGAUGAACGAGAAAGGGGAAUCGCGUAUGUCUUGGGAAGGUGGCGAUCGAGUCCAAGCAAUGGCUUAUGAUGUUCCUAUUCCUGGAUUUGAUACUAAGGUGUGUGGUAAUAUCCGUCUUUGGUCUUCCAAGCCCUUGAACACCUUUGAUUUUGAUUCUUUUAAUGCUGGUGAUUACGAACGAUCUGUUGCAGAACAAACAAAUGCUCAAAAUCUGACCUCUGUCUUGUAUCCUAACGAUAAUCAUCUUGUUGGUAAAGAGCUUCGAUUAAAGCAAGAGUAUUUCUUUGUCAGUGCUUCUUUGCAAGAUAUCAUUCAUCGUUUUAAACGUGCUGGACGUCCUUGGAAAGACUUUCCUGACAUGGUGGCUGUUCAAAUGAACGAUACUCAUCCUGUUCUAGGUAUUCCAGAACUUAUGCGACUCUUGAUUGAUGUCGAGGGUUUGGAAUAUGAUGAUGCUUGGGACAUUGUCACAAAGACGUUUGCCUUUACAAACCAUACUGUCCUUCCUGAAGCUCUUGAACGCUGGUCUGUUCCUAUGAUGGAAAAGGUGCUUCCUCGUCAUAUGCAACUUAUUUAUGAUAUCAAUUUGUUCUUUUUGCAAAAAGUGGAAAGAGACUUUUCUCCUGAUCGUGAACUUUUGAAGCGCAUGUCUAUUAUUGAAGAAAGUUCUCCUCAACAAGUUCGUAUGGCUUAUUUGGCCGUAGUAGGCUCUCAUACUGUAAAUGGUGUUGCUGCUCUUCAUUCUGACUUGAUCAAAAAAGAUUUGUUUAAUGACUUUGUAAAGUACUAUGGCCCAGAAAAGUUUAUCAACAUUACAAACGGUAUCACACCUCGACGUUGGUUGUAUCAAGCUAACCCUGGACUUCGUGAUUUGAUUACCAAAGCUCUUGGUUCAGAAGAAUGGGCCACUCAAUUGGAUCUUCUCCAGGGUUUAAAAAAGCAUGCAGAUGACAAAGAUUUCCAACGAUCCUGGGCUAAUGUCAAGUUUGAGAACAAGAAGCGUUUGGCUGACUGGAUCAAGCUCCAUAUGGGAGUCAGUGUGGAUCCUCAUGCUCUUUUUGAUAUUCAAGUGAAGCGAAUUCAUGAAUAUAAGCGUCAAUAUAUGAAUAUCUUAAGCGUCAUUUAUAGAUACAAGAGUCUUAAAAGAAUGGCACCUGAAGACGUUGCUGCUCAAACACCCCACGUAGUUAUCUUUGGAGGAAAAGCUGCUCCUGGUUAUUAUAUUGCUAAACUUGUUAUCAAGUUAAUCAACAGUGCUGCUGAGGUGAUCAACAAUGACCCUGAUGUUCAGGGCAAACUCAAAGUGGUCUUUAUUCCCGAUUACAAUGUUUCUCUUGCUGAAAUCAUUAUUCCUGCUUCUGAUAUCUCUCAACAUAUCUCCACUGCUGGCACUGAGGCAUCUGGUACCUCCAACAUGAAAUUUGUUCUAAAUGGCGGUUUAAUUUUGGGCACUGUAGAUGGUGCCAAUAUUGAGAUUGGUGAACAAAUUGGCAAAGAAAACAUCUUCUUUUUCGGUGCACUUGCUGAUGAAGUCGAGGAUCUUCGCCACAAUCAAAGAUACCAUGGUGUUCUUAUGGACCCUAGCUUGCAGGUAGUAAUUGAUGCUAUACAGAAUGGUGAAUUUGGUGAUCCUUCUGUCUUUGGUCCUCUUAUCAACACAUUGACUUAUGGUGGUGAUUAUUAUUUGAUUUCUGUUGAUUUCAAGUCUUAUCUUCAAAAGCAUACUGAAGUUGAUGAAGUCUAUCGAGACAGAGCUACAUGGACUAAAAAAUCUAUUAUGUGUACUGCAGGCAUGGGCUUCUUUUCUUCAGAUAGAGCCAUUCAUGAAUAUGCUGAGAAGAUUUGGAAAUUGAAGCCUUUUAAGAUUCAAUAA